UCUCAAUGCAGGUUAAGAGGCAUUAAACUUUGCCCUGGGAAAGUAUUUUCUGCUUGCCCAGCUAUGGCCACACUAAGGAGCCAUUCUCACAAAUGCGCUGGCAAAACAAAUAAAUUUUUGUUGAUUUUUUGUCGAUUGUCAAAUAAAAAAACGAAAAACUCUAAAAGUUUUGAUAGUUAAAAAUAUUAUUUGCAUGAAAUGCGCUUGACAAAACUCUGGCAGAAUCGCUCGCCCGGCGACCGGCACUUGAGCACAUAUUAUUGCUUUGCGGCACUGCGUUUGCUGUUGGUUUUCGUGCCCCAACUGGGUUAUGUGCAUCCGGAUGAGUUUUUCCAAAGUGUGGAGGUGAUGACGGGCGAUCACUUUCGGCUGGAACAUACGCGCGCUUGGGAGUUUAACAACUCUUUGCCAGUGAGGUCAAUAGUUCUUCCUUUUGCGCUGCUCCGAAUUCCUUGGAGUUUCUAUGAAUUCAUCGCCGAAUGUUUAAAAGCCGGAUGGCAAUUGGAGCUCUUGGGUACCUACACCUAUGUGGUGUUUCCCCGCCUCAUUUACACUUUGAUUUCAUACUCCAACGACUAUUGUUUGUACCGCAUUUGCCGGUUGUAUGGACUUCGUUUCGAAAUCCGUCUUUUGGCCUUGGGAAGCUCCUGGAUUUUACUCGUCUUCGGCACCCGCACCUUCUCCAACAGCCUGGAAAUGGCCAUGUGCUCCUGGCUGCUCUGCUUGGUAUCCGAAUGUAUGCUGCGCACCAAUACGGUGGUCUACAAAAAAGAGUUCCUCGAGGAGAAGUACGACAAGGCGGAGUCCAUCAGCGAGCGAGUGCGGAUUUGGAAGCUAAAGAACUCCCUGCCGGCGCACAAUCUACAACACCUGAUGACCAUGUCCACCAUCUGUGUGGCUGGCGUUUUCAAUCGACCCACCUUCCUGUUGUUCGGAGCACCCAUGGUCUUCUUUUGGCUGCUGCGAGGCAUGGGAACCAGAAGCGUUACCUUCCGGGACUUUAAUCUGAGGAUUGUGCUGUUCUGCUUGUGCUCACUGCCUGCCUUGGCGAUCUUCAUCUUCUGUGACUCCUUGUACUACCAACAUUUGACCCUCGGAGAACUGCACAUGAUGCACCUGAGCAUCGAUAACUUCGUCUUCACGCCCUGGAACUUCAUCAAAGCCAAUUUGGAUUCGGCGCAGACUGCCAGCCAUGGAGUGCACCCUUGCUAUGUCCACCUGAUGCUCAAUAUGCCAAUGCUCUUCAACGUUUUGGCACUGGCUUCAUUGGGAGCCUUUGCCCAGCUGCUACUCAGAUUCUUCAGGGCGGAAUACCAAGUGCUGCCGCGCUUCCAGAGCAUCGUGUCUUUGAUGUCGGGGGCCAUCUUUGUACCACUGUUCUUUCUUUCGUUAAUUAACCAUCAGGAGCCGCGAUUCCUGCUGCCUGUGACUUUUCCCCUAUUGCUGCUACAUGCUCCUAAGCUAAUUACAGGAUUCAGUGCCAAGUAUCCCUUCCAGAAGGAUCACCCGCUGUUGCGAUGGUUCUACGACAGACUACUUUCCAGCAAAGCUUCGGGACCCUACCUGCUGAGGAUCUGGUACGUGAGCAACGUGGCGCUGACCCUCUUCUUCGGCUUCAUCCAUCAGGCGGGCGUUUAUCCAUUGGCGGCGGAAAUGUCGCAUGUAAUAGCCACCAAGCCGGCGGCCACACACGUUCAUCUGAUAACAUCACACAUCUACAGUUUGCCUCUACAUCUAAUCAACAUUCCCAGCUCGAGAGUGAUGCAUUUCAACAGGCAGACCCAUCUGCGAUAUCGUCGCCCUCGUGAUUUCUACAUGUACGAGUAUGGAGGACUUUCCCUGGACCUCCUGCUACAGAAGGUGAAGCUUAUUAGUGGCAACUGCGAAGUGAAACAGUCGGGACCCAGUCGCUUGCGCUACAAGCUGUACUUGGCCAUUCCAGCCUCCUUGAGUGCAGAUCUCCACGAGGCACUGGUGCACUCCAAUGCCAGCAGCUACCUGAACUUCGAGUUAAUCAACGUCUUCUACCCACAUCUCUCCACGGAGGCAUUUCCCCGCCUGCAGGGCAGGCAUCCCUGCGAUGUGGAUGCCCCUCAUUGGGCGCACGACGAUCUCCGGGGCACUUGUGCCGUGGAGCAGCCACCAGCGCUGAGUUUUGCCUACCUGAACAAGCAGUUCAGCUCUUUUGUCCAUCAACUGGGACUGGCGCUCUACGAGAUCGAUGUAAAGCGCAAAAAGCCGCUUUCUGUGCUUCUACAGAAAUCCUCUUUGACGGAAAGACCAGCGUAGGGUUUUUUAUUUG